GCAGGCGCAGCCCCGGAGGGCGUCCUCUGCGGCGGGCGAACUAGGCCGUGGGAUCCUGGCAGAGGCCGGGGUUGUGCGUCCGGGAGUGGAUACCCCUUGCGCGCGGCCGCCAUGCCGGACAGCUGGGACAAGGACGUGUACCCCGAGCCCCCGCGCCGCACGCCGGCGCCCUCGCCGCAGACCUCGCUGCCCAACCCCAUAACCUAUUUGACGAAGGCCUUCGACCUCCUCGUGGACCGGCCCGUGACCCUAGCGAGAGAGUUUAUAGAACGGCAGCACGCGAAGAACAGGUAUUACUACUAUCACCGGGAGUUCCGCCGUGUGCCAGACGUCACCGAGUGCCGGGAAAAGGAUAUCUUGUGCAUGUUCGAAGCAGAAAUGCAAUGGAAAAGAGACUAUAAAGUUGAUCAAGAAAUCGUCAACAUUAUCCAGGAAAGGCUGAAGGCCUGUCAGCAGAGGGAAGGUGAGAGCUAUAGGCAGAACUGUGCCAAGGAGCUGGAGCAGUUCACCCAGGUGGCCAAGGCCUACCAGGACCGCUAUCACGACCUGGGGGCUCAUUAUUCUGCCAGGAAGUGCCUGGCAAAACAGAAGCAGCGGAUGUUGGCAGAGAGGAAGGCAGCUAAAGAGGCCGCCACUGCCUAAAGCAGCUCCUUGAGCACCUUCACAAGAUGACUAUUAAAAUAAAGAGUAAUUAAGAAA